AUGCAUAAAGUAUUGGCCAAAUUAUGGAAUUUUUCAAAGGGCAUCAUGUACUUCUACGGAGGAUACAAGAUAAAGAAUCCAUCCCCCGAACAACAACGUAUUAUUUUCGCUGGCAAGCAAUUAGAAGAUGGAGAUGGCAAACCUUGUCAGACUAUGGCGUCAAAAAAGAGAUUUAAUAAAUUACCACCACUCCCUCAACCUAAAGAUCGCACAAUUCCUGAAAGCACUGUUGCUGUUACUCCAAAACUUCCAACCACAAGAGUAGAGUUACUAGCAUUGCUACGUGAGGAAGAACGGCGAAGGAUGUCAUGUGAAUUACAAGAAUUAUAUCGUAAAGUCGGUAAUGAUCCUACAUGUGGCAAAGAUUGGAUGGAUAUUACUGAUCAAAUGCAACAUGAUUUGGUUCGAGAAUUUGGCUAUUCAGAUGAGGCACAACUAAUUCGACGUGCACCACAACUUUAUCCAAAUGACCCUGCGUUUCGUACCACUCAAUUAUAUGUUCGUAAUAACAUAGCACGCAUUGGAAACCUUAAAGAAGGUAUGGAAACACCAGAUUGUCCUCUUAUUCCUGUGAAAUAUUCUGACACAACGCAUAAAACAUUAUCUGAUCGUUUAGCUGCUGCUGAUGAAAUGGUUAAAGCAACAAAACUAAAAAUUCCAUAUUAG